ACACCAAUCCUUACUUGUUUGCUCACUGCACUUACUGGCAGUCAGUGUAUCCUUAGGCUAAGCCAAACAAGCUGAUCAGCCAGGCACCUCUGCACACACCGCCCCCCGCAAAGAGGCUAAUGGCCGGGAUGUAUAAUCCUUCUCAAAACAACCACAGAGAUGCUAAUUGUAUCUAGCUAUAAAUACUGACGACUACUUGUCCCCGUUCUUCAUUUGCCUCUCCUUCUCUAAAUGCAGAGCCUUCACCGCGGGCUUCCCUGAAGGAUUUUCCCCAAUACGAGGAAAGACUCGGUUACAUAAGAGAGGUGGGAGAUAGAGGCUGCAGGUGUCAACAAACUUGCUGGAACAGAGAAGAGAGCAGGCGGAGAGAGGAGCUUUACGCACAGAAAACUAAUUUUACGCAUCAACGGAACGUUUCUGAACCGAAAGGACGAAGCAACAUGUUUCCUCUGCCGAUGUUCACUCCGGACCAGGUCGCUCGGGUGUGCGAGAAUUUGGAGGAGACCGGGGAUAUCGAACGCCUUGGGCGGUUUCUGUGGUCUUUGCCCGCCGCCGUCCCCGGUUCGGCCGGGGAAGCGCUCAACAGGCACGAAUCCGUAAUGCGCGCAAGAGCGCUGGUUGCCUUCCACGUGGGGAACUUUGAGGCUCUGUAUCAGAUCCUCCAAAGCCACCGGUUUACGCGCGAGUCGCACGCCAAGCUGCAAGAUCUGUGGCUGGACGCGCACUACAGGGAGGCGGAAAGACUCAGGGGGCGUCCUCUGGGUCCCGUGGAGAAAUACCGCAUCCGCAAGAAGUUCCCUCUGCCCCGCACCAUCUGGGACGGCGAGCAGAAGACGCACUGCUUUAAGGAAAGAACUCGCAGUUUGUUGAGAGAGUGGUAUCUCCAAGAUCCGUACCCGAACCCAUCCAGGAAACGCCACCUGGCCCAGGCCACAGGACUCACACCAACACAAGUUGGAAACUGGUUCAAGAAUCGCCGUCAAAGAGACCGUGCGGCUUCUGCAAAGAACAGGCUUCAGCAGGAUCCUUCGCUUUUGCCCUCCGAAGGAUCAACUGAUGGCUUUCAGGAGCGCCAGCAUCACUCCCAGCGACUCCCAGCCUCCCCUCAACACCCAGGCAGCCCAGAGGCAAGCGACUGCAGUACAGAGAAUGAGCGUGUUGGAACAAGAGCGUCCACUCCAGAGAUCUCUGUCAGCAGUGACAGUGAGUUUGAGCCUUGAGAUGAGAGAUUUUUUUAUGGACGGACUCCUCAAAACGCAGAGAAGUCGGACAAUGAGCUUCCAGAGUGGCUGCAGAAGCAUGGGAGCUGCAGGGAGGACGGGUCAGGCCGGAAAUAAGGGAGAGAUUUGCACUUAUAAAAGCACUGCUAUAACUUAUCUUCCCGAGGAUCAGAACUCAACAGAUGAAACAGACUUUUAAAGGUUUUACGACAGAUUUAGACAUAUAACCUAUUGUUUUUAGUUAAUUUGAGUGUUUUCACUUUUUCAUGUUUUAUACUAAUUUCAGUACAAUGUUUUGAUAAGAGACUUUUUGUACUAGUUUGAAGGAAAAUACGUUUAUUGUUUGGAAACAGUAAUAGCAGUAUAACAAUGCCUUGACUAGGCCACAAUUGAAUGUGAAUGUCAGCAUGCACAUCAAUAUUUUGAAUGAUUUCAUUAGUGUGCUUUUAUAACAAACAGUUUAAAGUUUUUUUGAGAAAAUGUAGUUUUUCUGUUGCAUACCUAGACUACCAUGUGCAUGUCAACAUAAACACAAACCCAUUCAACUCAUCUGACUGCCUUAAGUGGGAUGACACUACAGUGCAACAUUGAGUCAUUAACACCAACACAUACAUGUGUGAUAAGGGCUGCAAAGAGGCUGCUUUAAACAUAAACAGUUUUUGCUUUGAAGCUGUUUUUCCUGUUCACUUCUCUUGUUUUUGACACACUGGACAGCUGGUGGCGCUCUCAGAUUGCUCUGGUUCCUGCUCACACAGCCAUUACAAUUCAGGGAGAAUCUUCAGCCCUUGUCUGUUCUUAACUCCAUGUGCCUAUUGACAUUUCAGAGCAGUGAGACGUGUUAACAGAUCUGUCUUUGUGAUGUCUUUCUUACAGAUUUCACCUUCACAACAAAUUUAUGCAUUUUAGAUGGGUGUAUUUUGUAAAUGUUUGUGUGAAUAAAUUGAAUCUAUUUUUAUCCAA